AUGUCGAUCGACCUGCAGGGUGAUGUGGUGUUCGAGGUGGACGCCAUCGGCUGGGCUCCCUCCGGUGCGCGCACGGCGCUGUCCCUGCACCACGAGCUGGACCCGGCCAGGCUCCCCGCCGCUAAUAAAGGGGAGGCCACCGUCGGCGGGCACGAGCGCACGCCCAGCGGGCGGUACGUCCUCGCGACGGGGCUCGCCGACGAGGAGGACGGCCUGUGCCAGGCGAUCACGCCGGGCGCGCUCAAGCCCCGGGUCACGUACCGUGUCGCCGGAUGGAUCAGCGUCAGCGUAGCGGCGGCGCCAGGCGCCGGGGUGGGAGGAACAACGACCUAUCAUCCCGUGCACGUCAGCAUCCGCGUCGACGACGGCCGCUGCGUCAUCGACGGCGGCGCUGUCGCCUGCUCCGCCGCCGCCUCCGAGUCGGAGGCAGCAGGCGGCGGCAGCAGGUGGGCGGAGAUCAAGGGCGCGUUCCGGCUGAAGGAGAGCCCCCGCAGCGCGGCGGUGCACGUGCAUGGGGUGCCUGCCGGCGUGGACGUGAAGGUCAUGGACCUUCGGAUCAUCGCCACCGACCCAAAAGCGCGCUUCAGCUACCUCAAGGACAAGACGGACAAGGUGCGCAAGCGUGACGUGGUUGUGAAUGUGGCCGGCGGUGCCCCGGCGGGCGCGUCCGUGCGCGUGGUGCAGCUGGACAGUGCCUUCCCCAUUGGCAGCUGCAUCAACGGCACGGUGAUCCAGGACCCGGCCUUCGUGGACUUCUUCACCAACCACAUGGACUGGGCCGUCUUCGAGAACGAGCUCAAGUGGUACUGGACCGAGGCGCAGCGCGGGCAGCUCAACUACGCGGACGCCGACCGCCUGCUCGACUUCUGCGACCGCGCGGGCAAGCCCGUGCGGGGCCACUGCAUCUUCUGGGCCGUCGACGGCGACGUGCAGCAGUGGAUCAAGGACAUCGCCGCCUACGACCGGGACCAGCUCAUGGCUGCCGUGCAGGCACGCCUCAACGGCCUCCUCGGCCGCUACGCGGGGAGGUUCCCGCACUACGACGUCAACAACGAGAUGCUGCACGGGCGCUUCUUCCGCGACCGCCUGGGCGACGACGUGGCCGCGCUCAUGUUCCGCGAGGCGGCCCGCCUGGACCCGGGCGCCGCGCUCUUCGUCAACGACUACAACGUCGAGUGCGGCAACGACCCCAGCGCCACGCCGGAGCGGUACGUGGAGCUCAUCCGUUACCUGCAGUGGCGCGGCGCGCAGAUCAUCUGCGACGCGCUCGACGCGCUCUCCGCGGCCACCGACCUGCCUAUCUGGUUUACGGAGCUCGACGUGGGCGAGCCCGACGACGCCCUGCGGGCCGACGACCUCGAGGCCGUGAUGCGCGAGGCGUACGCGCACCCGGCCGUCCAGGGCGUCGUGCUCUGGGGGUUCAUGCAGGGAUACAUGUGGAGGCAGGACGCCGCCCUCGUCAACAGCGACGGCACAGUCAACGACGCCGGCCAGAGGUUCAUUGACCUCCGGAGGGAGUGGACCUCCGACGCGCGGGGCCGCCUCGACGCCGAUGGACAGUUCAAGUUCAGGGGCUUCCACGGCAACUACGUGGCGCAGGUCACCAUGCCCACGGGGACGAAGAUGCUCAAGGCGUUCAGCGUCGACAAAGGGGACACGCCUCUCGUCCUGGACAUGGAUAACUGA